GUUGCAGUUUUAAUCAUUCUUUGCAACAUGGUUUUAAUUAAAUUCCAAAAUUUCAAAAAUGAAUCAAGCAUUUCAAUAUGACGAAAUACGGAAGAGUGCCAAUUUCACUUUUUAUCAGCAAGAAGCCCCGCGACGAUCCCUGGAAAUAAUUUAUUAGAUGCAAAUUGGGAGCAGUAAUUUAUAUACCGAGGAACGUCACUUAUUUAAUUGCUAAUUAUCUGAAUCCUUAACGAAUGGAACCCAAGAAAAUUCGUCUGGAUGAAAAUGCGUCCGACAGCGAAUUCGGAUGAACCCGUAAGUGCGAAUCGAUCCGCCGCGCACGUCGCCCGGUACACCGAUCGUUCAUCACGACGUCCCAAGGAACAAACAUCUGCCGCGAAAAAUGCACAAACGGAGUACGAGACGCUGCAUUUAUCGCAAAAUGCUGCGUAUUCUUCAACGUAUGGACCCGGUACGGCGCUGUUAGAUCAGCAGGCCGCGUAUCGUGAGCGGCGUGCUGACAAUACAAAGGAAGAUCAGCGAGACGUAACGAGAGAUGCCGGGCAAACGGAGCAAAAACACAAAAGCGUUGAUACGCACGACAUCAAUUCGUCACGCAGACGCCGGUCGAGAUCCUGCGUCAAGCUGCGCCUGUGCUGCCUGAGACUGUGUCGCGCGAAGAGAAGAUGUUCCGAGCGCGUCAUGAGGAAGCCGCGACAGCUUCUGCAGCGGAUAAAGGCGCGAAGUAAGGAGUGCCGGAAACCCGACGACACGACGGCGGUCGCCGGGGUGUCAACUGUGCCGCUAAGCCGAGAUGCCCCGAAGAAAUCUAGAAGAGGUCCCGAAGACGAGGCGGUGGAGGAGGUCGCCGAUAGGAAGGACGUCUCCGAGGACGCUCGGAAGGAAAGGAAGGAGCGGCGGAAGAGGGAGAGAGAGGAGAGACGAGAGAGACGUAAGCGCGAGGAGCACGUUGUCGCGCGUGCCGUGGAGCCCGCGGACGCGCGUCCGACGACGCGCGACGAUGACCUCGUCGUCGCCAAGGAUCAAGCGAUCCCCGUGAAACCGCCAUUGAUCGCAGACCUGGCAAAGACCUGCUGCUACUUGUGCGUCCAGAACACGCUGGCGAUUGCGGCCGCCGCCUCUCGGCCGGAGCAGUCCGACAAGUACGGCCAAGUUUCGACUCAUAAAUUUCCCGCGGAGACGACCACGACGGUUGAUAGGAGCUGCAGCCCGAUACUGCUGGUGCGCACCGUGCAGUCGUUCGUCAGAGUGAGGACGCGGGAGACCGGCACGCUUUGCCCCGGCACGAGCGCGCCGCCGCCGGCGAUGCCGCGCGCGAAAAAGCGCAAGAAGUUCGCCGUGUUCCCGGGGCUGACGCGAACGAAGUGUCCGGCGGGACAGCGCGCCGCCUGCGUGACUGAUAAGUCGAGGCGCGACGACGAGGACGCGAGGAAAAAACGCGAGCCGAGGAACGAGAGAUGCUGCGGCGAGAGGAACGCCUGA